AUCAUUAAAAAUCAUUCCCAAAAUCUUUAUAGAUUUGAUCGUAUUCAUUCAGUCCUUUUUAUAAAAAAUUCCACUUUAAUUGGUGCUUUUUCUCCUUCUCAAUCAAAAUUUUACGCUCAAUCUCAUAAUUUUAACAUAUUAAAAGAUUCUACGGAACAUGAUACUACUCUUCCUUCAUUUAUGGUCGGAUAUAAAAAUGGAUUUUUACCAAGACAGGAUCCACUUGCAAAAUUACCGGAUCGAUUUUAUGCUCUUGAACAUUUAUUACAAAAUAUGCCAAUUCAUUUACCAAAUGGUGGGGAAGGUUUGUUGGCAAAAGGUCAAUUGGGUAACGCUGUAAAAGAUUUACCGCAAUUUGAUGUUUCAGAUAUUACCGAUCAAAGGUUACUUUCCGCAUUGUUUAGAGAUUAUACAUUUUUGGCAUCAUCAUACCUACUUGAACCAUGCGAUAUCAUGUAUAGAGAAAGAAAAAGUUAUGGCAUCGGACGCGAAAUUUUACCAAAAAAUAUUGCUAUUCCUUUAAGUAUCAUCGCAAAUAAAUUAAACGCUUUCCCAUUUAUGGAAUACGCUCUCUCUUACAGUUUGUAUAAUUAUCAACGGACUGAUUCUACGAAACCUGUCGUUUAUUCUAAUUUAAAAUUGAUUCGUGCGUUUGCUGGAACACCUUCGGAACAUGGGUUUAUAUUAGUUCAUGUUGCUAUGGUGGCACAUUCAGGAAAUUUAGUUAAAUAUACAAUGGAAACUAUUGAAGCAACACAAGAAAAAGAUCGAGCUAAAUUUAAUAAUGCAUUGAAAAAUUUAAGUGAUACUAUGAAUUUAAUUAACCAAGAAAUGGAAACCAUGUGGGAACGUUCUAAUUCUGAUGAUUAUUUAAAAUUCCGUACAUUCAUUAUGGGUUCCAAAAAUCAACCAAUGUUCCCGAACGGUGUUAUUUAUGAGGGUGUAAGCGAAAAACCAUUAUUCUAUAGAGGGGAAUCUGGAGCAAAUGAUUCAAUGAUUCCUUGUAUGGAUAAUCUUUUACAAAUAACUUCAAAAUUACCAAAAAAUCCUUUAACGGAAGUAUUAAAAGAUUUUAGAAAAUAUCGCCCUACGAAUCAUAAAGAAUUCUUAGAUUUCGUACAAAGAAGUGCCGAAGAAGUUAAUGUUAGAGGUUAUGCCAUUCAAGAUGCAAACAGUACCGCAUUGUAUCUGGCAAAUAUGGAUCAAAUUCGAGCAUUCCGUCAUAGACAUUGGAACUUUACAAAAGAAUAUAUCAUUAAAAAUACGGCACAUCCAGUAGCAACAGGUGGUUCGCCUAUAGUAACUUGGUUACCAAAUCAACUUGGUACUAUAUUAGAUCAAAUGAAUAAAAUAGGUCAGACGAUUGAUUAUAAUAAAUUAACACCAGAAAAUAAAAUUAUUAUAGAUGAAAUCGUUAAUAAAGUUAAUGCCCAAGAAAGAGUUUUAAAGCGUGAAGUCAAAUUUUUGAAACAACAAUUUGGUUCUAGUCAAGAUAGAGUUGUUAUUUAAUGUAUCCUUUUAAAUUUAAAAAAAAUGGUACAUUUAUUAACACAUUAAAAUUAUUUAAUAAAAUU